AUGAAUGCUUUUAUCAUCUUUUCUAUGCGACAUCGUAGUGAAGUUCAUCGUCUUUAUCCAAAUAAAGAUAAUCGUGUAGCAAGUCAAAUUUUAGGUGAUUGGUGGUAUCGUUUGAAUGCAUCUGAAAAGGCUCCUUAUCAAGAAUUAGCUCGUGAACUCAAGGCUGCACAUUUCCAAUCGUUUCCAAACUGGAAAUGGUCAUCCAAAGAAAGGCGUAAUUCAGGUAACGCUAACGGUAAAAAAAGUUGUACAAUCCUUCUUCAUUCUGAUCCAAAGGCAACUACACAUACCACUGGCUGUGAAACCAAGUCAUCGAAUAAAAGCUAUUCAGUCAAAAAUAUACCGAGUGUUGAGUCAUUUUCUAGCAGUGAAUCUACGAACGAAGCAAUGGAUUCAGCUAGCUUAGUUGUAAAUGUAGAAUCAAAUGGAGCUUCUAAAUCCAAUCUAUUAGUUGAGAAUAAUGAUGAGAAAAAUAGCCUGGAUAAAAGUCUAAUCAAAGAUAAGUCGUUCCAAUCAGACAACUGCUUAUCAUUGACCUCAAACCAGUGCAUACCGAAUGGUAUAGACUUACUUCUUCAUGCUGUUGAAUAUUUGGAUAAGAAUAAUGUAGCAGAUAAUGAAUUAACCCAUUUUACAUCAGUUGUUGAUGUUGAUCUUGAUUCUGAUGUCAUUCAGUCUGACGUGACUAUAAAAAAUCACACGCCAUAUGGAAAAAUGAUUGUGGAAAACAUGGUAGUGAUGAUGAGAUUACGGAUUGCAAUAAUAAAGCUUCUCAAAUGGAAAAGACUUUACUAUCACCGACUUUUGAGCGUUCUCUUAAGGCAGAAACUGACGAUCAAAAAUCGUCAGAACUCUAAAACUGAUGCGUUUGAACAUUCACUUGUAAAGUCAUCAAGUUCUGUUGAUUUACAAAGCUGCAAUAAACUUCAGUUGAAAAAUCAACAACCUAAUAGUAUCUUGUGCAAUUCCACUAUUGACUUGUCGAGUGCAGCACCUGCAAUACCUCAGGUUUCUGUGUAUUCUGAUACUUUGUUAUAUCAGGUACCAGAAAACGUUCUGUUGUAUCCAUUAUCAAUAAAUUUGAAACCAAUGUUACCAUCGUCACCGAUCAUAAGUGGAUCAUUCACAGUUUUAGAACUUGAUUGUCUAACGCUUCCUAAAUUCAUUCAACACUCUACAGACAAUGCAAAUGGAAGUGAAAUACCAAACCAAUCUGGUACAGGCAAUGAAAAGUGUUCAGAAAAUGAAGCUGUUACUAAUGCGUCGAAACAACAGGAUUGUACAGUAAAAAGAUUAAUCAGUAAUGCUACAGCGCAAGUAAAUAUCUCAUACCCUCAAGUUGUUCAAAUAGAAACGGAAGAGAAAUGCGCAGUACCUAGUGCCAUUGAUGAUCAAAAGAAACCCCUUACUAGUGACAAUCCUGAAAUUCAACAUGUGGUUCCUUCAAAAGCACGACCUCCCCCUUUGAAAUUAGAAUCUUGUUUAUUCGAUUCAGAAAAUCUAAAUAAGAACGUUGGUAGAUUUAACCGAUCAGCUGGAAAAUCUACACAUCGUACUCCACUCUCGGCUGAUGCAGCGAAUCGAAGUUGCAAGCGUAAAUUUGAUGAAAAUAUAGAAAAUAUUUUCAAUAGAAUCAAUUUUCGACGUCGAUUUUCGUAUCUACCAAAAUUUAAGCCAAACUCUACUGAAGAAUUGGUGUCACCAGUGUGUAUUAGUCAGGUGCUGGUGGCUUCUACGGAAUCUGAUCUACAACCAGAAAGUACUCAGUAUGAUUCAAAACUUCCAACAAUGAUUACAGAUACUAAUCAACAACUGUAUACACUUACUUCUCCAACUUCUCAUCUCAGUGAUUCUGAAAAUAUCCAACAAAGUUUGUCACCAAGGCAGCUUGAUUCUACUGUUCAAUGUCCACAAAAUGAAGAUAAUAGAUUUUUUGGUCGUAACUUUCCAAAUAUCACUGAAACUAAAUGGGUUCGUUCAACUAAUUUGCGAUCACAAAUUUCUUCAUCUUCACCAGUUCAUCUUAUGAAAAAUCAUCCAAUAGCUCCAAAAUCUACUCGGAUUAACGCUAAAUCACCAUUGAUCUCUCAAAUAUCUAAAGUGAACGGAACAAAUUCUAGAUCUGUGUUACAUACACGUCGUAAACUUGUUUUGGAAUUAUUUCGAGAAUAUGGGUUGUUUCCAUCAAUCCCUGUAAUUACUCGUUUUCAACAAUGUUAUGCUUACUACUUUCCAAGUCGUCAAGCUUUACAACUGAAAAUACGUGAAGUUCGUAGACGAAUUAUGCAAGAAAAUACUGGCUCACAUGAAAAGUCUAUUGGAAGAUUAUAUAAUCAUUUAGUUGAUAGGAAAACAAUUGACGAUGAUGAUGAUGAUGAUCAUGAUGAUGUAGAGGUAGAAAUGGCUAAUGUAGAAAUUCCAUUAGGAAUUAAAUCAAAGCUUUCCUUACCAUCAACCAAUAUCAAUAGAUGUUAUAAUAACCAUACAGGUAUGAUGUUGCCAUCAGUUUUAAUCACUGGCACUCACUCGUCAUUAUCGAAUCCACUAGCAGUUUAA